CCACUCUCCACCUCCGCCUCCUGGAAUUUUAACUAUUUAAUUCAACCCUUGGUGUCCCAAGAUGGAUUAUCAUCCUAUUCUUGAUACCAUCGCAAUUGCACUACUUGCGUCAGUCACUAUCGGGUUUACGUCCCCUUCAUCAUCCUCACGGCUUGUCUCCUUAUUUAUCUUGGCCUAUUUCACAUUCCAUUGUCUUUCGGUCUGCCAUGAACAUAUCACCAAAGGAAUCUGGGCAUCAACUUUAGGAGGUUAUACGAUUUUUUCGUUUUUGCAUUACUUAGACGUUGCCUUACUUAGUGGAUGGAGCUUCGAAGCUCACGGCCCUAUCAAUGAUUUAAUCAACCGAAAUAGAAGACUAGGAAAUUCAAAGUCUUACUCAAAAUCGAGAGGAUCACGUCAAUUGCAGAUACUAUCCCGCUUGAAGUUCGGCCUCUCAACUUUCCUCUUGUGGCGUUUCGUGAAUACAUCGUACCAGAGCAGGACCGCGCUCAGGCUAGACAAAACUUCUUUGUAUUCACGCUGUCGCUUUCUCUUCCACACUGGCUUGACCAUAAUUAUUUGCUAUUUAACACUAUAUGCAGCAUGUUCUUUUCGAGCCGGCGUUUUUACAAAGAAGUUUUAUUCCCUAGAUAAAGUCAAAUUAAUAUCUACGGUUGGAGAGAUCUCGCUUAAGGAGCUUGUAACGAGAUAUCUUGCCGCCGUCCAACUCGGUCUGGGUCUCCUAUCAUUCCAGCAUGGAGUAUACGCGAUUACAGCCUUUAUAAAUGUGGCUACAGGGCUUGGUUCCCCAUUGGGCUGGCCCCCCUUUAACGGGCCUAUUUUGACGUCUUUUGGCGUGAGACACUUUUGGAGUAUGUUCUGGCUUCGGACGGAUAGUCACUCGUUGAAUGCAUUAGUAAAUUACUUGAUGCAUAGCAUCUUCGGGCUACAAAGAAGUGGCAGACUGGUUCGAUAUAUACGAAUAUUUUUGAAAUUCGCGAUAUCUGGUAUCAUAUAUGCUGCCAUUGACUUUUCGUUAGGUAUGUUACUGCAAAUAUCAGUGAGGUAUUCAGAGGGUCGUGACUAAAAGCUGCGAAUAUAGGAAUACCGGUUUUUGAAUCUGGGGCACUACGCUUCUUCUCAAUCCAGCCGCUGGGCAUUUUGAUUGUGAUUGAAGAGAUAAUCCACUCUAUGCUGGGCGUGGACCUACUACCGCGGUUCGUGCAGAGUUGCUUCAGCUUCAUUUGGUUAAGUUUGUGGAUGACAUGGACAGCGCCCGGCUACCUAGAUCCCAUUACCCACAAAAGUGCAUCAAGGAGCGGAGGUGUGUUUUCCCGCAUUAUGUUUUAUCUCAAGCACAAAUUCUGGUAUAAGAGGUAGAGAGGAGC